UCGUACAAACGACCCCCCUCCCCCCCAUUCGGAUGUGUCGGAUGUGAGGUUUUUUUUAUCAAAAGUUUUUAUGAAUUCAACAUAAAUAAAUAUGUGACAGGGAGGAAGGAACCUGUAAUAAGCGGGGGUUACGCGGAAUAUGGGCCUAAACGCCGCUGUCCAAGCGCUGAAGAAAGCUGAACCUCUGAAGGACAAGGUUCAACGUUGCAAGGAUCUCCUGACCGACAAUGAUGCCUGGGUGUGCCAGCAGCAACUCCAGAAGAUCUACCAGCAAGUCCUGAUCCUGGACCUGGAGUAUGCCCUUGACAAAAAAGUCGAGCAGGAACUCUGGAACUUGGGCUUCAAGAACUACAUCGUCCUCCUCCAGAGCCAAGCAAAGGACCGUAAAAAUCCAAAACGUUCCGAGUCCCAAGCGAUGCUGAGCUGGUACCUAGAGGCAGCCUCUGGUUUCUACCUGACUCUCCUCCAGGAGAUCUGCACAGCAUUCGACCUGGACCUGCCAUUUCGUCGCAAGGGCUACAUAUACGGUUGCAUAUCCCCGUGGAAGGCAAUCGAGAACCUCUCGACCCCCCACAAAUCCUCGUGUUUCUACGCCUGUCAGUACUGCCUGGUGCACCUGGGUGACAUUGCCAGAUACAGAAAUCAAAAUCGUCAGGCUGAAUUGUUCUACAGGCAUGCUGUCUCCUUAUCACCCUCCAGUGGACAGCCCUACAAUCAAUUGGCACUGCUCGAGGCCUCCAGGGGUGACAAACUGGGAACAGUAUUUCAUUAUGUUCGUUCAGUGGCUGUUAAACAUCCAUUCCCAGUGGCCACUUCAAACCUAGCAAAGACACUCACCUCAGCACUCAACGAUCACUCAUUCAACACCAGUGGCAAGACUAAACUCAAUUCUCAGGAGUACACCUGUCUUUUUCUCAAGCUACAUGGCAUUCUUCACACCCUUGGCGACCUCCAGCAGGCAAAAAAUUACGUUAAAAACCUGUCUGAGACGCUGACAGCUCUCGUCGCCACGGAGAGCUUCACCUCCUGGAGAUUGAUCCAAAUGUUGAUUAUUAAUAUGUACUCUUUGCAUCAUACGGCUGGUCACACCUUGGAGAAUCACAUGGAUCUGAUGAAAGUGGAUCAAUUAUCCUCUGACGAACAAACAGCCAGAAACUGCAUUCUCGAUUUGAUCGCAGCCAGUCUCUCGGCACUUUUGCUGCCAGUUUAUACUCUCAAAAAUUCUUACGUCGAUUACUUCGCUUUGCCGAGUAUCAAAUUACUUCUGGAGUGGAUCUGCCAGCAGCCCAUGAUCCUCGAGGACCCAGCAUUCUCGUCGAGACUCCAGAUCUGGCCGAGUUUGUGUGUUUUGUUGAAUGGAUUGCAGGGGGGAAUCAGUGAUUUUGAUGGAGAGGGCUUGAGCAAGACUCCACUACCUGAGGACAGGGAUCUCCAGGGGUUCCUCCCCCUGGAGAAGACCUUCGAAUCACUGAGAUUUUGUAACAACGACCUGGAGGGCGACACCAUCUCCAUAAAUAAACUGAGAUCAGUCAGGAUUAUCAAUCUGGGAAAACAUCUCGCCCAGUGUCAGGUUAAUGGUAGAACUCUGCUGAAUGUCGCCUGUUCAGAGAACAAUCUAAUCAAAUUCACCUGCAUGUCCGAGGUCUCUGGGCCCAGUAACGAGCUCAUGAAGGAGCUGGAGGAGUUGAGUUUGAACAAAGAGAGGCAGAUUAUCUUCACUGCGAGUCCUGUUCCCUCGGACUCUGCCAGCAGCAAAGGUUCGUCUGAAGCUGAGAUCACAGAGCAAUCCUCAUUCGAGAAGAAAGUCGGCAUUUUGAAGGCUCAAGGGUCUCUCGAGAGAAAUCGAGAUGUCUCCAACUCGUUAAAUCCAGAGGUUCAGAGUAACUUCAUCGAGAUGAAUGGAGCUGCCCUCACCAGGAAGACUCGACAGAACAUCGCGAUGCAGGCGAUCAUGAGGAGAGUUGAGAACGAGCAGAAACAGGUGACCUUCAAGAAUGUGUCUCCAAUGAGUGUUGAGGAGAUUGAUGUCAAGAAGAAUCAGCCCUCGGAGCCUGAUCACUUCAACAGCAUGAAGUCAUUUGCGACCCCCAUGGCUGUGAGGAAUCAACAGACGAUGGCAUUGCCACCGGUGCCAAUGCCUCCACUGGAUAAUUAUCAGCUCCAAGGUCAGUGUUUUCAGAAUGACCAGAAGCCCCUUCAACCCCAGUUUCGAUCCUCUGACUUCGUCAGUCCAGGCCAGUACGACAAGAACUUUGGCUUCAACGUGAUGCCACAUGUACCUCAAUUCCCUCAGAGGCAAUUCAGCAUGCAGCAGGUGGUUCCCAACAUCCAAGCCCCACUGGCCAAGCCAUCUCCGAGUAACAUGCCCCACCCCAACAUGAUGAUGAACCUGCAGGUGCACCCGCAGGAGAUGCCACACCCAGGAUUUUUCGAGAGAAAUCAUCAGCAGAGCAUUCCCAUGGGAAUGGACGUAACCCUGGGGAAUUAUCAUAAGCCAAUCGCUUCGGGGAAGGCUUUCCAGGUGGAGGUGCCUUACUUCAAGCCAGGGGGACAGCUGGGGGCUCUGGAGCAGAUGGGACAAUUCAACAAAAUUCCGAGUAAAUCCAUCCCAAGUCAUGAGCCUGCUGCUCUGCCCCAGCAUAAUUACCAAAUGUACAGGAAUCACGAGCUGGAGUACAAUCCCUGGAAGGACCCCCAGCCCCCACCGCCCCCAGUCUCCUGGUGGGGCAGUGCUGACAGGGAUAAACCAGAAAGGGACGCCUUCCAGAGCUGGGUGAACCCUCCAGUCACUAGGAGCCAGUUACCAAUGGCUGACAACUACUAUCAGAAGACUCAGAUGGAGGAGAACAGGGGCUGUGAGGUAGAUCAGAUGAAGAGAGCCCUCAACACUCCCAACACAUACUCGUUGUUCAGUGAAAACUCCUGGGGAACAGGCGUUCAAAACUCCAGCGUUGCUGUUGAUCAACUCAAGCCUCGAUUGACACAGCAGUCCCUGUGGUCUGGCCCAGGCCCAUCACCUCUGGAGCGCCUCCUCGAGCAGCAGAAAUCACUGCGCGAAGGUGGCACCUGAAGGAAACUGGGAUAUAUCCUGAGGAUACUGGGUUAUAAAGUUUAAAAAAAAAACAAUAAUAAGAUGAAAAAAAAACAUUAUCACUAAAACUUCUGAUUCUAUUAAUUAAAAAUUAACGCCCAUAGCUAGGCAGUGGAGAGACGUGGCGAGAAGGAAUAGGGAGAGAGACAAAAUUAUAAUUACGUAAUUAAUGGGUGUUGAUGAUUUAGAGGACGAAACGGUGACGAGAUAAAACGGUUUAAAAAAAAACAUAAUCUGGACGUAGGAUUGGAUUGAGGAGUUAUUCUGAUUUCUUUUUCAACAAAUGUUAACGUGAAACGUAAUGACAUGCGACGAGCUCCAGGCAUGCUAAUCUGGGAGGUAAAAACACCAUGAAUUGUGCGAAUAUAGUGAUAACUGGAGAAAGUGCACUUGAUAAAUUCCUCAUCAUCUCAAUGCACAAGUCCUUUUGAGUUCAGUCGAGGCUGCUUGAAAAUAAAUCGAAUGAAAAAUCAGUGGUGAAAAUGUAUAGGUGAGGCGAAUAAAGGAAAAAAAAAAAAAA